UUUGACAUUACGGAACUGGACGGAGUUUUGACCGGUUGUGCGUGGUUGAGGCGGUUCCAGUGCAUCUUAAUUUUCCUGUAUCCGGACCCAGUGUGGAGCAAUCAUGAUGCCCUGUCAGUACCUGCUGCUGUUGCUGGGUGUGGGAGUCUCAGCGGUGGAAGUCCAACGACCUCGCGGUGUCCCCUUGUCAAAGCGGCAGUUCUAUGACGAGGGCAAACCUUUUACUUGCCUGGAUGGCUCCCGCACUAUUUCCUUUGACAGAGUGAAUGAUGACUACUGUGACUGCCAGGACGGCUCUGAUGAGCCAGGCACUGCCGCUUGUCCCAACGGCAGCUUCCACUGCACCAAUGCAGGUUACCGACCAGGCUUCAUCCCAUCCUCUCGCAUCAAUGACGGAAUCUGUGACUGCUGUGACACAACAGAUGAGUACAAUAGUGGUGCUGCCUGUCAGAACACCUGCAGGGAGAUGGGGCGCAAAGAGAGGGAGAGCCUGCAGAAGAUGGCAGAGAUCGCGAAGGAGGGCUUUCUGCUGAAACAGCAACUUAUCCAAGAGGCCAAGAGAGGCCUUGAGGAUAAGAAGGCCAAACAUGCAGAAGUUCAGACCAGUAAGAAAGAACUGGAAGAUAAGGUGGAGGCUCUGAGAACUGUAAAGGAGACCGCAGAGCAGCCAGAGAAAGAAGCCAAAGAGCGCCAUCUGAAGGCCUGGGAAGAACAAAAGGCUGUUCUCCAAAUGGAGAAGGACAAGGCUAGAAUGGCUGAGGUGUUUCUUGAACUGGAUGACGAUGCAGAUGGCUUUGUCUCAGUGGCUGAGCUUCAGUCCCACUCGGAGCUCGACCCAGAUUCAGAUGCUUCAUUCACAGAAGCAGAGGCUCUGGGACUGUUGGGAGGAGUAGACAAAGUGGACACCGUAGCAUUUGAGUCUAUUUGGAAUAACAUCAAAGACAAGUACAUAUCAGAGGCCAGCGCAGACACUCCAGCACCAGCAGAGACUCCACAGGAGGAGAUCAGGGAGCCAGUCUCCGACAAUGACUCCGAGCCGUACCCUGAAGAUGACAUCCCAGAUGAAGAAGAGGACGACGACGAAGAGGACGAAGAUGAUGACCAAGAUGAAGACUAUAAGAGCCCUCCUACGAUGCAGACCCAAGAAAAGAAGGAUGACGAUGAUGAGGGGACUAUGCCACCCUACGAUGAAGAAACGCAGGGCCUCAUUGAUGCUGCUCAGAAAGCCAGGGAUGCAUUCGAUGAGGCUGAGAGAGCUCUCCGGGAAGUUGAUGAUCAGAUUAAGAACCUUGAAAAGGAAAUCUCCUUUGACUUUGGACCCAAUGCUGAGUUUGCCUACCUCUACAGCCAGUGUUAUGAAUUGACAACUAGCGAGUACAUCUACAGGCUCUGUCCGUUCAACAGAGUUUCCCAGAAACCCAAGUAUGGUGGAUCAGAAACUAACCUCGGAACAUGGGGACAAUGGGCAGGUCCUGAGGAUAACAUCUACUCUGUGAUGAAGUAUGAACAUGGAACAGGGUGCUGGCAAGGCCCUAACAGAUCUACCACGAUUAAGUUAACAUGUGGAAAGGAGACAGUUGUGACAUCUACCUCAGAGCCCAGUCGCUGCGAGUACCUAAUGGAGUUUACCAGCCCUGCUGUCUGCCAGGAGCCUCCAAGCCUGGAUGCAGCGCUUCAUGGGCACGAAGAGCUCUAGAUCCACUUGUUUUGUUGUUCGUGAGGGACCACAGUCACUGCAGCAACAUGAAGUUGCCAUGCUGUGAGCAGCACCACCUUGGCGCCAAUUAACAUUUGAGAGUAAACGAUGGAAAUUCCUUCCUUCCUAGUUACCUUGUCUACACAUCCAGCUUCCACUGUACCUGUUGUGUUGUUUCUCUGAUUUGUGUCAAAUGUAGUCAUUCCAUUGAUUUCAAAUAAAGUACAUUUUAUCAUGUUACAAA